CCAUACUCCAGGCGCAGUCAGAAGCCUCAUUGCGACAGUGGACGGUUGUUAAAGACCAGAUAAGCCACUCUGGGAAUGGGACCACAAAUCAGAAGCAAGAAAAACUUUGCCUUCUUUCGGGUCUUUCCACUCAGGAGACACCUCUUCAUCCAAAGGGAAUAAACUUUUCAUCUGACCAGGAGAAGGAACAGGUGUAAGAAAAUCACAAAUGGGAUAAAGUAGGGGUAUUGUUUCUUCUUGCCAGAUAGGUAUGAAGUCUACAACAAUUUUUUAAAGUUGGAGGUUUAAGAAUAGAGCCACUGACUUUUAAAAGCAUUUAUGACAUGCUUUAAACUGAGGUGUGGAGAUCCUGUAGUCAACACAGGCUCUAUCCUAGAAUAAAGCAACGGAAGUCUUUUGUUAGAAAGGCUGUGAUUUCUAAAGGUGCGUCUCUGGGGCCCUGGUGUAUGGCGCUGAAAGGUGUCGGAGAAGGAAGAGAGGUUUAUUGGUUUCCAUCUCAGCUGCAAUGGCAAAGUGGUUCAAGGAGUUCCCCAUCAAUCUGAAGAAUGGUACCGACAGGAUCCGCUCAGCCUCCGAGUCAGGAUCACAACCGAGAGCCAAUAAAGGCGGGCUGGUGGCCAGCAUCGGUACCAAAACAACGGGCUCCAAAACUGGCCAUCGCAAGAACUCCUCCACUGAUAACACGGGCGGAGGUGGAGGUGGAGGAGUCGGGUCUCUCCUGUCCGGAAGAAACCGAAAGAACUCGGCCGUAGAGUUGAGCAGGAACGGCGUGAGCUCCCCGAAAGAUGGGAAAGUUUGGGACAGCCUCCUGUCCGGGAAGAGUCGUAAGAACUCCAAAGCUGAGCCGGUGUUCGAGGAGCAGCACAGACCCCUGAAGAGCUCUCCAACUGCUAAUGCCUACAUCAACCGGCUGAUCAGGGUGGACAAGCAGGACAAAACCCCCAACUUCAACAGCGGUACCAUUGGCAGUCAAGUGGUACCCGAAGCAGAGAAACCAGCCCAGUGCAAAACAGAAACAGUGAUAAUUCUUGAGGAUUAUGCAGAUCCGUUUGAUGCUCAGAAGACCAGAGAGCAGAGGGAGGCAGAGAGGGUUGGGGAGAACGAUGGUUACAUGGAGCCUUACGACGCCCAGCAGAUGAUUACUGAGAUCAGACGUCGGGGGUCCAAGGACCUGCUGAAGGUGUGUGUGUUGAUGGAGGCGAGCGAGGGGAUGGUGGAGGAUGGUCAGUCUGCGCCCCUGCAGAUCUACGACAUACCGUAUGAGGGAGGCAGCGACAGCGACAAAACAGUGAUCACGCGGCCGGAGGUGGACCCUCGACCCUCCACCGAGUACGAGCUGCCUUGGGAGUGGAGGAAGGAGCAUAUUGUCAGAACUCUGUCAGCACAGUUUGACAGCCCCGACCGCCCAGCCAAAGAUGAGACAACUCACCCCACGCUAACCAGGCAGCCCCAGCACCCACCGACGCACCAGCUGUCUCAGCAUCUGAGGCAGAAAAGCUGGACCCAGAAGAUCCUGCGAUCUUCACCCCCCACCCUGUCGCCUUCCUCCACCCCAAGCAGCAGCUCUGACACUGAGGCUUGCUGUGUGGACCCCUCCCUGCCGCUGGAAAAACAGAGCUGGUACCAUGGCUGUGUGACUCGCCAGGAGGCGGAGUUUCAGCUGCAGUCCUGCAAAGAGGCCAGUUUCCUGGUCAGGAACAGCGAGUCGGACAACAGCAAGUACUCCAUCGCCCUCAAGACGAGCCAAGGCUGCGUUCACAUCAUCGUUGCCCAGACCAAAGAAAACGGCUACACCCUGGACCAGAGCAGCUGCGUGUUCCCCAGCAUCCCAGAGGUGGUGCACCAUUACUGCACUCAGCGUUUGCCUUUCAACGGCGCUGAGCACAUGACCCUGCUGCACCCAGUGCCUCGCAUCCACUGACUCCACACCCCACCCCAGCCCUGCAUUAGGUAUACAAAACAAACACACCUCUGGUCCCUCGUCUGCGUGGGCGAGACGUUUCCAGACAUCAUCACAACCUCAUGUCUGAUCAGUGAAGCUCGACGUGUACUUCUACUACUACACUCCUUAUCAGCAAGUCUCACUUUAUUAAUUACUUCUAUGGCCCUACUUUAUAUGUUUUUUUGAGUAAUUUUUUGAUCAUCAUGUGUCUUGAAACUCUGGAUGCUUCCUUCUGUCUUUAUUUUACUUUGAUGUUCAGCUGAUGCAAAACACCCAGGCUGCUGUUUUGCAUGUGAACAAGUGGGGGAAGCUCAGCGGAGAUGAUGAGGCACUUUUAUUGAUUAAAUGUGACUAGGAGUUGGAUUUACACAGGGCUCAGACACAGAUGUGAUGAUUAUCCACUGUGGCUCCAUUAAAAGUUACAUAUGCUAUUUUUACUGUUGUUCUGAAGUGAAAUUUAUUAUGAACCAGAAAGUACUUUUGUGGCUUUCUUUCUCCCCCUGGUGGACGUGCUGGUACACUGCACCAACUUGCCAACACACAAAGAAUAUUUUUCUUCUUUCUUCUAUGUUUAUAGUUGGCAAAAUCCAUGCACAUAAGCAUAUCAUUCCACUGAUCAAGAUAUGAAAAAAGCUCAGCUAUUUUAUCUUAAUGCUUGCAGUUGAUUUGAUUUCAGAUUUAUGCUCUUAUACUUGUUAGUUUUCUAUAACCACUGUCCCUUGAGGUUUUCCUCUGUUUUACUGUGAAUGAGGGAGUUGUUUCCACUGUAUUCUCUGCACUGUGAAGAGUGAGUGAUUCACCCUAAUGCAAUGUGCUUGAAGGAGGAAUGGCUGCACAAUUGUCAGAACUUUUUAGGACAAGAACUGAGACUGUGUCUCAAGUUUUCAGCGAGUCAAACCUGUUCAUUCUGGGGAAUAUCUGUCAGAUAAUCCUUAAAGUUACUGUGAUUUGUGGUAAGAAAACAUUGUAAAAUUGAUGUCAGAAUUAUUUGGGUGUACGGAUGUGGAUGAUUUAUUAAAAGCACAAAAAUAAAUGACAAAUAUUGGAAUGAUGGAAACAAGAAAACAUGAUUUAAAUACAGGAUCAGUAUAAAAGAAAUGCCUGUCUUGUCAUAGCUCUUUUCUUUGUUCAUUCAGACCCCUGUUGCUAAAACAUAAUGGUGUUCUCCCCUAAAGUGUAAUGCCCCCUAGUGCUAAGAGACAGAAUGGCAAAUUGAAAAGUGAUAACUUUAUUAUAUUCACUGUCUUUGUGUAUUCUAAAUGUAACUCCAACAUCUGACAUAGUAUGUCUUAAUUUAGUGAUAUGCUGGAAAUGAUUUGGGCAACUCUGAUCUGCAGCCUGAUGUUAGCCAUCAGAUUGACAAUAAAAUACAGUAUAACUAAGGUUAAA